CGCUCGCCUGCCAACAUGGCGCCGGUGGAGCACGUCGUGGCGGACGCCGGGGCGUUCCUGCGGGACGCGGCUCUGCAGGACAUCGGGAAGAACAUCUAUACCGUCCGCGAGGUCGUCACGGAGAUCCGGGACAAGGCCACGCGCCGGCGGCUGGCGGUGCUGCCCUACGAGCUGCGGUUCAAGGAGCCCUUCCCGGAGUCCGUGCGCCGGGUGACUGAGUUUUCAAAGAAAACCGGAGACUACCCCAGCCUCUCUGCCACUGAUAUCCAGGUGCUGGCGCUCACCUACCAGCUGGAAGCAGAGUUUGUUGGGGUGUCUCACCUAAAGCAAGAACCAGAAAAGGCUAAAGUGAGCUCCUCAAUUCGGCACCCAGAAACUCCUGUCAACAUUUUGGGGUUCCAUCUGCCUUCUAAGCCCAAAUGCCCACAAGACACUGUGGAUCGUGGACACCAAGCCAGCGAGCCAGAGGACCUAGAAUUCAGCUCCUUUGUGUUCUGGAGAAACCCACUGCCUAACAUCGACCAGGAGCUCCAGGAGCUGCUGAUGGACAGAGGUGAGGAUGUUCCCAGCGAGGAGGAGGAAGAGGGUGGAUUUGAAGAGAGCAAAGAGGACAGUGAUGACGACGGGGGUGGGUGGAUAACCCCCAGCAACAUCAAGCAGAUCCAGCAGGAACUGGAGCAGUGUGACGUCCCCAAGGACGUGCGAGUUGGCUGUGUGACCACAGACUUCGCUAUGCAGAACGUUCUGCUGCAGAUGGGGCUGCACGUGCUGGCGGUGAACGGCAUGCUGAUCCGCGAGGCCCGGAGCUACAUCUUGCGCUGCCACGGCUGUUUCAGGACAACGUCCGACAUGAGCCGAGUGUUCUGUGCCCAUUGCGGGAACAAGACCCUGAAGAAAGUGUCCGUGACCGUCAGUGACGAUGGCACCCUGCACAUGCACUUCUCACGCAACCCCAAGGUGCUGAACCCCCGAGGCCUGCGGUACUCACUCCCCAUGCCCAAGGGAGGCAAGUACGCCACCAACCCCCACCUGACCGAGGACCAGCGCUUCCCCCAGCUGCGACUGUCCCGCAAGGCCCGGCAGAAGACCGACGUGUUUGCGCCCGACUACGUGGCCGGGGCAUCUCCCUUCGCCGAGAACGACAUCUGCAGCCGCUCAGCUGCCCUGCAGCUCCGGGACAGCGCCCUGGGAGGGGGGAGGCGGCGCUUAAAUCCCAACGCUUCCAGAAAGAAGUUCGUGAAGAAGCGGUGACACGCAGGGCCACCCCCCCCCCCCAUGCUCACCCCUGCCGCAGGGUGAGGUGGCCUGGUGACUGCUCUCCCCGGCCAUGGAACUGUCGCGUGGCCCGAGGCGUGGUGCCCGGGAAGAAGGCGCCGCCGAGGGUGGCGUCUCUCACAGGCGUGGAUGCGGGUUUCUGUGCGCUGUUGUUAAAUAGACCGUAUUUUUGUUUCUUGGCUAAUAUGCAAGGUUUGUAUUCAGUGAUCCAAUGUUUAUGUUUAUCUUGUCAGAAAAUGUUCACAUAAAACUAGGAACUGAAAUUUGCCCCCCCCCUCCCUUUUUUUUUUGAGGAAGAUAAAAUCCAUUCGGGAAAGUGCAGCCCGGAAACUCCUGUACUGCUGUGCCCUGGAGUCAGCCCCGCUUAUCUGUGGGCUUUGUCUGCGUUUCCUCCACACACGGUCAACACGCACCCACGCCAAGUCUAGUCACGUGCUGCCAAAGGCAUGGCCGGCCCCCACCCAGCACUGCUGGUGCCAUGUGGUGGGAGGAGCCUGUCACGAGCCCCGAGUGCUGGCGAGCCGGCCAGGGGUUCCGCACCUCCUGCCCCUCCCGUUUCCCCGUUCUGUUAUAUCCAGCAGACAGGCCAGGAGGGGGAUGAAGAUUGAUUUAUUUUACUUGAAAGAGUUACAGAGAGGCAGAGAGAGAGGUCUUCAUCCACUGGUUCAUCCCCCAAAUGGCCACAGUGGCCAGAGCUGGGCCAGUCCAGAGCCAGGAGCCAGGAGCUUCUUCUGUGUCUCCCAUGCGUGUGCAGGGCCCCAGGGACUUGGGCCAUCUUCUACUGCUUUCCCAGGCCAUAGCAGGGAGCUGGAUCGGAAGUAGAGCAGCCAGGAUUUGAACCUGCACCCAUCUGGGAUGCCGGCACUGCAGGCGGCGGCUUUACCCACUAUACCACAGCGCCAGCCAAUUCCUGCUUUCUUAAGUUGCCCUUUGGCCAUGUUUGUUUCAAAGAAAGAAACAUGAAGAUCCUGCCCAAAGUUUAUGGGAAAGCAGAAACAAAAGACAGUGUCCAUUUUUCCACAAUUUUUAAAAUUUUUUUAAAGCAUCAGACACCAAAAAUCUGGUUACAAAUAAAAAUCCAAAAACCCUUGGAGGAACCAGCUUGCUGGUUAAGAUGCCGCGUCCCCAUUCGGGGUACCUGGAUCCAGAUGCCGGCUAAUGAGCACCCUGGGAGGCCUCAGAUGGUGGCUCCCGUAGUUGGGUGCCUGCCACCCAUGUGGGGGACAUGAACUGAGUUCUUAGCUCCCAGUUUGGCUUGGCCCAGCCUUGGCUGUUGCAGGCACUUAGGGGAUGAAUCAGCGGUAGAAGAUCUGUGUGCCUUUCAAAUUAAAAAAAAAAAAAAGACUCCAAGGCCUGGUUUUCUAACUGCCUUGACCUGCAGCAUGCAGAGCGCGUGACUCCAGCCCAGGUCACAGACGGUUUCAGGGCCGUGCCCAGCUCCCUCAGGAGGUCUGGCCUGGGCGCUGCAGCCAUGCUGUGCGAAGCCUGGACUCUGUGCGUGGCAACUCUGGAAAUGCCACGCACGGGGGCUGUGGCUGGUGGGCCAGCUUAGGUCAGCUGCAGCCACUCAGCAGCACCAGGUACACGAGCCCCAGCCCCCAGACUCCUAGCUGUGGCCCUGUGCAUGGUGGAGUAUGGAUGAGCCGUCCCUACGUGUGGACCGGCAGUCUGUGCAGCUGGAACUGAAACAGGCAACAAAUACCUCCAGCAGUGGUGGGAAGAAGCAGGUGGGGAGGGGAGGGAUUUGGGGUUCGGGCAGCAUGAAGGUGGCUAGAACGUGUAAUGCGGGGAGGUGGACGCCUGUCCCCAAUUCUGACCCAGCUCCCUACUGGUGCAUUUGGGAAAGCAGGGGAGGAUGGCUCGAGUGUUUGGGCCCCUGCACCCACGUGGAAGACCCAGAGGAAGCUCCUGGCUUCAGCCUGGCCCAGCAUUGGCUGUUGAGGCCAUGUGGGGAGUGAACCAGUGGAUGGAAGAUCUCUAU